ACGUGACUCAAUAAAAUCAAGUCUUUUGUUUCCUUUUAUCCAAAAAAAAAAAAAAGUCUUGUGUUUCUCUUAGGUUGGUUGAGAAUCAUUUCAUUUCAAUGGAAUCCAAUUGUGUUCAAUUUCUCGGUAACAAGACCAUUCUCAUCACAGGAGCUCCUGGUUUUCUUGCCAAGGUUUUGGUAGAGAAAAUACUAAGGUUGCAACCAAAUGUGAAGAAGAUAUACCUUCUGUUGAGAGCUCCCGACGAAAAAUCAGCCAUGCAACGCCUACGUAGUGAGGUUAUGGAGAUCGACCUUUUUAAAGUGUUGAGGAACAAUCUAGGAGAAGACAAUUUGAAUGCCUUGAUGCGGGAAAAAAUUGUGCCGGUUCCAGGUGAUAUAUCGAUCGAUAAUUUGGGAUUGAAAGACACUGAUCUCAUACAACGUAUGUGGAGUGAGAUUGAUAUCAUAAUCAACAUAGCAGCCACAACAAAUUUCGAUGAAAGAUAUGAUAUUGGUCUUGGCAUCAACACAUUUGGAGCCCUGAAUGUUCUCAACUUCGCCAAAAAGUGUGUUAAAGGACAAUUGCUUCUCCAUGUCUCAACCGCGUAUAUAAGCGGUGAACAACCUGGAUUGUUACUAGAGAAACCAUUCAAGAUGGGGGAGACUCUCAGCGGGGAUCGGGAACUAGACAUCAAUAUAGAACAUGAUCUAAUGAAACAAAAAUUGAAAGAGCUUCAAGAUUGUUCUGAUGAAGAGAUCUCGCAAACAAUGAAAGAUUUUGGAAUGGCAAGGGCAAAGCUUCAUGGAUGGCCAAAUACAUAUGUAUUCACCAAAGCAAUGGGAGAGAUGCUAAUGGGAAAAUACAGAGAAAAUUUGCCACUUGUUAUCAUACGUCCAACAAUGAUUACUAGUACUAUUGCCGAACCAUUCCCCGGUUGGAUUGAAGGGUUGAAAACAUUAGACAGUGUGAUUGUUGCAUAUGGUAAAGGAAGGCUUAAAUGUUUUCUUGCGGAUUCAAACUCAGUCUUUGACCUUAUACCGGCAGACAUGGUAGUAAAUGCGAUGGUUGCAGCCGCGACAGCUCAUUCGGGAGACACCGGGAUUCAGGCAAUAUAUCAUGUUGGUUCGUCUUGUAAGAAUCCAGUCACGUUUGGACAACUUCACGAUUUCACGGCUCGUUACUUCGCUAAACGUCCUUUGAUUGGUCGGAAUGGCUCGCCAAUCAUAGUGGUCAAAGGAACCAUUCUGUCCACUAUGGCUCAAUUCAGCCUCUACAUGACCCUUCGUUACAAGCUUCCUCUACAGGUACCUUAACAUUAUAAUUUAUGUUCUAUUUUCAUUUCGUUUCCCAACUUUUAAACUUCCAAGAAACCCUAAAUUUUGGUUCAGUUUUUACGCACAUCUAUAAAAGACUAAGGCUGUAAAUGGUAACCAAAACCGCACCCAAAACCGCACCGCAACAGUGUUGUAACAAUAUCAAAAUCUCUACAUAUACAUAUAUAUAUAUAUAUAUAUGUAUUUUCGUUACUAUUUAAACCGCACCGCACUUCUCCCGCACCAUAAAACGCAGUCACUAUUCAGAACCUAAGAAUAAUAUUCAACAUAUAUGUUGCUUUUUUUGUUACCUUUAUGUUUCUCAUUUGUUUUUGUUUUCUUUUCCCUUCCAGAUACUUCGAUUGAUCAAUAUAGUUUAUCCAUGGAGUCACGGAGAUAACUACAGUGACCUAAGCCGCAAAAUCAAGCUAGCUAUGCGACUAGUUGAGCUUUACCAGCCUUACUUACUCUUCAAGGGCAUAUUUGAUGAUUUAAAUACCGAAAGACUGCGAAUGAAAAGAAAGGAGAAUAUCAAAGAGUUAGAUGGAUCGUUCGAGUUCGAUCCCAAGUCCAUUGAUUGGGACAAUUAUAUCACAAACACCCACAUUCCUGGCCUCAUCACCCAUGUGCUUAAACAAUAAAUUAUGCUGGUAAUAUGUUUGGAACUAUUGUGAAUCUCGUGUGUAAUAUUAUUAAAGAAUACGAUUAUAUCAUUCUAAUCUUGUAAUUUACAGUUUGUGUUGGCGUGUAAUAUCAAAAUAAAUAAAAAAAACUUAUUCCACAAUGGAUAAGACUUUGAAUCAUGCAUAUGAUAUUCAGUCGUGUUAUAAAUAUAUUUUUAUGUCACCAUCUUACAUA